GAUAUUAAGCUGUGUUUUUUUAGUAAUUAAAACUAAAUGCGUUCAUCAGUGAUUGUAUAUCAAAGGCAGGGACAUGUUUGUGUGCAUUUUAUUUUGUGGUUUCAAUGGAACGAACGGGACUGAAGCGCUCGUCUGAGCACGAGCCGCCGUCACUGACAACAGCACUCGGCGUGAUUUCAAAAGCAACACAUUUCAGCGUCAGACCGCCUUUUAUUUAACACAAACGAACGAAAUUAAUACUCUGCUACUCAACUAGAGAUGUUUCAUUUUUUACAGACCUUAAAGAAAAAAAUCAAUUAGAAGAAAUCUGUGAAGAAAUCAUUGGCAUUGAAGGCACAGCUGAUGAAGAGCCCAAAGAACAAUGUCAGAAACAAAAGCACAAAACGAAAAUGCCACACAAAAUGAAAAUGAAAAGUCUUCUAAAAAAUAGAAAGAUUUCUAAAUCUGAAGCUGCUCUCACCUCCAAAAAACUGUUAGAAGUGGACCUUGACACCAUUGAAGGCAUAGAAGAUUCUCCUCAAGUAGAAUGUCAGAGACAAAAAAGAAGACUCAAAAUACCAGAAAAAAUUAAAACUCUUGACUUCAAGAAAUGGCAGAAGAAUUCAAAAUCCCCUGAAACUCCAAAAGUGGAGCUAGAUUUCAAUGGAAACCUUGAGCAGAACCGUUUGGCUGAAGCACAGCAGCAGCUGGUGGAAGCUGAGGAAUCUCUCUUCAGUUCAGAAGAAGUGGCCAGGACAGAAGCUGAGGAAGACAAGGUACAUAAAAACUGUGAGAUCUUUAUUUUUCAACUGAGAUUGGCCAUCCGUGACUCUUUCAGUGAGGACAACCAGGAGACACUCAAGAGUGCUUUGAUUUCAAUACUUAAAGAGGAAGCACAGGACAGACGCUGGGCGGAAGUGGCCAAGGAUCAGCGACCAAUAUGGAGGCCCACAAGGUGCAGAAAGAUCCAUGAAGACUCACUCCAGAUUAUCGUGAAGCAACGAAUGAAGAAUGCAGAUGAACAGGAGAAUAAAGCAGACAACCUGUCUUCCUCCUUGAAGAGAGAGGUGUGCCGAAUGGGCAUACAAGUGCAGAAAGACCUGCUCAGAGUGGUCCGAAAUCUGAGAGAGUGUUACCCACCAGACUUUGACAUCUGCAGAACGUAUAUUCAGCUCUACCAUCAAGCCUUUUCCACCAGACUCCAAGAGCUUGCCAGAUCCAAUAUCAGUUUAGAGGAAUGCCUCUAUAUAUUGAGUUGGAUUGUGGAUUACUACCCAAAAGAUGUACUGAAGCAUAAAGAACUAGAGGAGCACAUCAACAGUUCAUCACUUGGACCUCUUUUACCUGAAGAAGAUCUUAAGAGAUUAGAGGAUCAGUACUUAUCUUACAAAGAGAAUGAGGUCAGAAAGUGGUUAUCCAAUGCUUUUGAGAAAGAAGUGAAAAAAUGGAGUGAUGACAUCGAACCAGAGCUGAUGGAUGGAUACUACUUCAGUAACUUUGCUGUAGAUGUUUUACCACUUGUUGAUGGGGCUGUAAAAGAUGUCAACACACUUUUGAGCAGUGAACGCAAAGCCUGUAGUCUUCUGAACCAGCUGGACAGCUUUCUUCUGAGCUUUAAGACAAGUCUGGAGGAAUUUGACUGGAAGAACAGAAAAAAACAAGAAAACAUUCCUAAAACUCUCAGUGCUAAUCUGGUUCAUAUUUACCAGUUUAGGGAUUAUGUACAAAAUCCAGAACAUCCUUUCUCAGAGGACACCAGAACAACUUGCCUGUCCACAUUAGCAGAUCUCAAAAACAUUUGUCAUAAAUACUUCCUCAGUGGAAUUAACAAAGAACUAAAGCCGCUGUACCGUAAACUGUGGACUCAAGUUUGGUUUGCUGGACAUUGUGAGGUUGUGGAGGAGCUGGUGAAGGCGCUUGAGAAUAACAUAAACAAUUUAAAAGAGCUAAAGCCUGUCUGCAGAGAGGAGCUACUGGCUGAGCUGCAUGCAGAAGUAAUGGCUGAGUAUGUGAGGCGAAUGAUGAAGAGAAAACUGAAACUGAAAGACAAAGAGCAGCAAGAAGCAGCUGCUGAGUUCAUCUGCCAUGACAGCAAUACAAUCUGCUCUGUGUUUUCCAAAGUGGGAUCCAGAGAGGAAUGGCUCGGUCAAAUACUGCCUAAAUUAUCGGAGAUUCUGAGACUACAGGAUCCUGGGAGUUUGCAACUUGAGCUAGUUACUCUGGCAAGACACUAUCCUGACAUUAGUGAACAGCAUGUUCUUGCUCUCCUAAAACUGAAGACCAACCUUUCAAGCUCAGAUGUGUGUAGGAUCAAAGGGUGUCUGAGUGAAAACAGAGGCACACUGGACACAGAGUCCCCUACUUCCUUCUUUUCUAAAAUAAUCGUCAAAUGGAAAAUCAUCUGAAUGCCCUGUUACAUCUGUAGCUAAUGUGAAAUAACUGUGAAUCACACUGUAAUAGAUCAUCAGUAUUGCUAUGUAAUAACAUGUUUAUUAUUAAGGAAACUCGUGAUAUUAUUCUGUUAUAGUUCUCCAAAACUAAGGUCUACUGGACACUUAAUCCUCUACUUCACUGUUCUCUAGAAGUACUCGUCGCAUGGAAAGUCAUCUGAAUUCCAUUACUAUCAAUUUGCUAAUGUUAAACAACUGUGAAGCAUAUUACGGUGUUAAAAAAAUCAGUAUUAUCCAUCCAUUUUCAAUAUCCUCUGCAUGGUCAGGGUUGCAGUCUAUUCCAGCCUGGUAUAAUCAGUAUUAUUUUACGUAAUAUUUAUUAUUACAAAAACUCAGUCAUAUGAUUGUUACAGUUACACUGUUCCACCAAACUUAAGUUCGAGAGCAAUGUAUUUUGAAUUUGAACAUUUUUGAAUAAAGCGAAACAUUACAAGU